AGAGCAUAAGGGGGAACACACUAGAAGAACAUUGUUACAGUGGAUACAGCUGAGUGCUUCGUUCUAUAUUCAUCACAGUUUUAUAGGAUAUCUUGAUCAUUUUUUCAACGUGCAACAUGUGGCCUUAUUAUUCACCAAGAGUAAAGUCCUUCAGUUUAGCAUUAGUCUGGUGUGAGUGGUUCCUGGUGUACUAGCUCCAGUGAAUGGAUAUGGUUGUUGUUCGGUCCUUUUUUCUUAUAUAUCAUACGACUUGGACUGGGGAGAGAGAAACGGGCGCAACAUGCAACGAUCGUUGAUUGCUUCCUUAACUGAAAAGACUGCUGAAAGGUUUCUAUCUCAGAGGAGCCAAUGGUCACGAUUUGAAAGUGUCCAGGAUUAUCAGGAUGAAGAGAAUCACGCACUUUCUCCUAAAAGAUUCGAAAAACAUCUAACUCCGUUGUGCAAUAAGGAUGUGAUGUAAGGGUGCCUGUUUUUUUGCAGCCUUAAUUUUCUCUUUCAGCAGCAACAACGGAGGCUACUUCGCGAGUGACAAUUGUCCAAAACCCUAUAUUCUAUAAGGUCGGCUUUUCCUUAUCUCUAUCGCCACCUAAUUACUUCGAGGAUUUUUCCUGCUGUUGUUACUGGAUGCGAAAGGUAGUUGUGGUCCCGUUUUUGGUAUUGAGAUGUUUCUCAUGUGGAAUUUGGGCUACAGUACACGGUUACAAUUGCCUUAAAUGACUGUUAUGAGCCAUCUUGAGGAAAUACUGUUUCUUGCGAUAAACUGGGAUUUGUCUUUCAUACCCUUUCCACACCCCCUGCAACGCGCAUGAAACACUCAUGGAAAAGUAACGAUUUUUAGAGCUGCGACUUCGCAAUGACAGGUUGUUGGGAAAAUGCAUCGUUGGGAAGCUGCUCGCAUAUUUUGUAUAUACAGAAAAUGUGGAGGUUCUUUUUGAUCUGUUCAACUUUAAUAACAUAAUGGCAUCUCGCAGUGCUUGUUGCUGUGGGUUUGGUCCAGUGAAUGAAGAUAACGCAAGGUUCGUGAUGUUGGCGCUUUUGAUCAUCAUCUACUUGCUCUGUGGAGCCGCUGUCUUCUCAGCACUUGAGCACCCAAAAGAAAAACAAGCUAAGGAGAAGUGGGCACAGAGGUUUGAGCAGUUCAGCCAGAGGCACAACCUGACCAAAAGCGACCUAGAGAAGUUUCUCAGACACUAUGAGGAGGCGAACGUGGCUGGCAUCCGUGUGGACAUGCUCCGACCUCGUUGGGAUUUCACCGGCGCCUUCUACUUCGCCGGCACGGUGGUCUCCACCAUUGGGUUUGGGAUGACCACUCCAGCCACUGUGGGAGGGAAGAUAUUCCUGAUCUUUUAUGGCCUGAUUGGAUGUGCAGCCACCAUCUUGUUUUUUAACCUUUUCCUGGAGCGCAUCAUAAUUGUGCUGGCCUAUGUGCUGAAGUCCUUCCACGAGCUGCAGCGCCGGCGGAAAGGCGUGGCGCCCCAGGACAGCAGGAACCCCGCCACCAUGGUCAGGGGGGCGGCGUCAGACAGCCUGGCCGGUUGGAAGCCGUCGGUGUACUGUGUGAUGCUGAUCCUGUGCGUAGCGGCCAUCGUCAUCUCCUGCUGUGCCUCAGCCAUGUACUCGGCUGUGGAGGGCUGGGCCUACCUGGACUCCCUCUACUUCUGCUUUGUAGCCUUUAGCACUAUUGGCUUUGGGGACAUGGUGAGCAGCCAGAGGGCGGCGUACAGCAGUCAGAUGGCCUACAGGCUGGGCAACUUCCUCUUCAUCCUGAUGGGCGUGUGCUGCAUCUACUCGCUCUUCAACGUCAUCUCCAUCGUCAUCAAGCAGGUGCUCAACUGGCUUCUCAGGAAGAUGGAGGUACCGUGUCGUUACUGCCCACGCAAGGCCUUCCGCCCACGCAGGAACGCUGUGAUGCCAGGGAACCACCGGAUGCGACGCAACAUCUCCAUCGACACGGACGCUGUCAAUGACAGCGAGACCGACGGACGCAGGAUGUCCGGGGAGAUGAUCUCCAUGAAGGACUUCCUCGCCGCCAAUAAGGUGAACCUGGCCAUCAUGCAGAAACAGCUAUCAGAGACGGCCAACGGGCACAUCUGUCUCCCAGGCUCCAGCAGCCGACACAAUGAGUUCUCUGGAGGUGUUGGCGCCUUAGGCAUCAUGAAUAACCGCCUUGCAGAGACCAGCGUAGACAGAUGAGUGGGAACAUCUGCCCAAACAUAUAGUCAAAUCAAUAAGCCAGUUUGCACUGUCCUCCUCCGAGAUGUCAUCUCUGAAGAGGGUCAAUGGAAGAAAUAGUACAACGAGGAGUAUGUUUCUCAUCAUUUUUCAUUGUCGAUAAAAUAUUUAAUUUCAGUGUUGAGUGUGUUUGAACUGGUUGGACACAGCACAAGCUAAACACAAGAAGUAUUGGUCUGGUAGUAGAUGGUUUUGAAUAUUCAACUCGAUUUUAAACCUGGUUGUACAAAGCACUUUGUCAGACUAACUGUACAGUUUAAUACCCAAGCCACGGAGAGCACUUUAAAUGACAAGCAGGUUAACAGCUUUAGACAGGUAUUUAUCUACAACCUAGAAAUGUGAACAAAAUCAAUGAAAUGUCACAGCUAACACAAACAUUUUAAUUACAGUCACAUACAAAAGCAA